AAGAUUCAACCAUUUCAGAGCAACCAGAAAUUGCUGGAAAAUUCGACAGCCCAAGAGAAUUAGUGUCAAAUUAGUUGUUGUCUUGUGUGUGUGUGCGUGCAUAAGAAAAGAAAACGAAAUGUUUGAAAAUUUGUUGGGUAUUUUUCGAAAACGACGACGCUGUGAAGAAGAACAGUUGCCAUCUGAUCCGCGAACCAGCAUUAAUAAUAAUUACGACAGCGAUGAUGAGAAUAAUGAUGUCGAUGACGUUGAGUGUCCAGCUGCGUGGAACGGCGCACAUAUUAACAACUUGCAAAUCGAUAGGCCUUACAAUGUGAACGAGCGAUUUGUUACAAUACUCGAUCAGUUGGAUGCGCGGGUGGAGAAGUUCCGCAAGGAUGCAUUGAAUUUACAAGAGAAGAAAGACUACCUCUUAAUGUCCAUGGAUCUCAUCAAGAGCAAUGAGAUGCUGCAGAGCAUGACCGAGGCUGAACGUGAAGAGAUUAUGCUCUACAUUCAACGAGUCAGCUCACGCCUGGGCACCGUUGAGCUCAAUGUACGCACUGUGAGAGAUGUAUCCCAGGAGGAUUCUCUCAGCCAGAUCAAUGCCUUGAUCGACACCAUGAUCAAAAUGGGUGAUCCCGUGAUGGCCCGCCAACGUUGCCAGUUAUAUUUAAAUGCCUGCUGCAGCAGCACCAUGGAUCCAAGCAACCAUUUGGGCACAGUGCACGAGGCGGAUAUCGGACCCAUCGAUAAGAAAUUCGAGAGUGCUCUGCUUGGUUGCACUUUGGAUGAUCAGAAGAACAUUAAGAAGCGUUUACAGGCAUUGAUGGGCUAUCUGAAUAAGCAAACUGUUACCAAUUAAUUUCAAAGCUACUGUAGUUACAAAUAUCCAGCGAUAUAUGUUAGACACAUUUAUAAAAAUAAUAAUAAUAAUACGAUGUUAUGAGCGAAUGGGCGAAAAUACGAU